UCUGUCGUCUGUCGGCAUGGUACAUACAUGAUGGACAAUGACCAGAACAAAGAAGAAAAUGAAGAAGUAGAACCAGAACUGAAAACAUGGAUAGACUACACUAAAAGUUGUGGGAGAGAUAGGGACAAUGAGCCGUUAAAAUAUGGAUGUGAAGAUCACUGGACUUGGAAUAGACACGAUCGCAGCCAUGAGGUCAGACUGUACGGGUCAGGCUUGCGGGUGGCUCACUUCCACCCGAACUGGAGCAGUGGCACUGCAGGUGUCCGGGGCACCCGAGUAAUUAACAAUGGCCGCUACUUCUGGGAGGUUCAGGUGUCUCAAAGGAUAUUCGGGACGAGUAUGAUGUUUGGGAUCGGCACCAAGAAGGCUCGGCUGCACCGCAACCAGUUCACCAACAUGAUUGGAGAGGAUAAGCACAGCUGGGGUCUUAGUCACAAGGGUCUUAUCUGGCACGGUGGGGUGUGGUCGCAAUACACGGCUCCUUUCCGAGAGAACCAGGCUACCACUGUGGGCGUUCUGUUUGACGGGGUCGAGGGAACAUUGACGUUCUACAAGGACAGUAAGUGUCUGGGCGUGGCGUUCCGAGACCUGCAGCAAGUACGGGAGCCAUUGUACCCAAUGGUGUGCUCGACAGCCUGCAAGACAGAGAUGACCCUGACAUACAUGCGACGCGACUUUGUCAACCUUCAAGAUCGGUGUCGUGCAGUCAUUCUCGAAGCGAUCAAAAACAAACGUGACCUAGAGAAACUGGAAGUGCCGACAUUGAUCAGGAACUAUCUAGCCGAGGCAGUCUCCACGCAAUUUGCUCCGAUCAAUUAUUAUGUUCUGAACGUUUGAAACUGAGUGAAGUUACAGUUUCAUUAGUAAUGUUUAAGAAGGCUCUAGGCCUGGAUUGUGAUUUUUUAAGAGGAAUAGCAGCUAGAUUACCCUGGAAAAAGUCUAGGUAAGCCAUAGCAAAAACAGAAAACACAUGAUAUUCCGUAUCUAUUUCGUCCAAUUGUACUUGUUCACACUUGACAAUAUCUCCCAUGAGAUGAAAUAUUUUAAUUGUUUUCUAUACGUUUUGUCUUCUGUGUGUACUAAUGGCAUUCCGGUACUUUUUGAAAGGUAAGCUAGCUGCUAUGCCUUUAUUUUUAAAAUCACAAUUUUAUUAGUGAGUUAAGAAUUUCGCACAAUGUUAUCCAGCCAGUGCAAUGGCUUGUUUAAUAGUAAGUAGUAAAAAUAAUUAAUAUUUUCAUACAGUAGGCCCACUGCGUUUUUAUUUUAAAUUAAUGUUGUUGCGUAAAAGAUCUAGUCCAAAACUAGUCUAAGUUUUGUCAAUGUAAGUGUGAUUUCAUGUGAUUUUAGAAGAUUAUUUACUUGUUACUAAUUUAGAUGUUUUGUUUUUAUUUGUUUUUGUUAUAUUUUUAGGUAAUUUGUGUUUGUUGCUUUAUGGGUUAUUAUAUUAUUGAAUAAUUCUCGUAAUUAGGCUUUUGUUGGUGGUGUUAAGCUUUCGGUGUACCUAUGAGGUGAUAUUCAAUUUUUAAAUAGUAAAUAUGUAGCUAUAGUGUAACAGAGUUAUAAAAUUAAAAUGGUGGUUUUACAAAAUUGUAGGAGAACAUUAUAAAGCAGGAGGUAGAAUUGUAAGUUUUUUUGUAUGUUUGGUUAUAAUAUAGUAGAAGAGGACAACUAUUUUGUAGACUAUUGCUCUCCAACAUUCCAGUAAUGAGACUAAUCAAAACUUUUAAUUUAUCUUGAACGUUUGGUAAAUAUAUUUUAAAAUCUUAGAAACUUUAUACAUAGUUGGCUGUUUUUUUAAACAGUUCACUUAUUUACUGCUUUUCAAACAAAACAAAAUUCUAGCCAAAGCAAAAAACUUGUUAGAAAUUUAACAAACAAAUUACAAAUAAAGGGACAUACUGGAAGUGAAAACCUGAUUGUGGCGAUAACAUUAGCAAUAUAUUCUGUAUAUUUAAUUUUAAGGCUACCCACACAUUUUAUCAACUUUGUGUCUAACAUUGUUUGCGCAAGCAAUAAAAAAUGUAAGUUACAUUAACUAUGAAUUACUGAUAAAAGCAAAUUAUUACUAGCGUAUGAUUAUUAAAGCUUCAUUGUGAUCUACAGAUAUAUUUUUGGUAGAUAAUGAAAAGAAUAGUCAAUGAGUAAACUAUAGGUUAAAUAGCUGUAUAGGUGAUGUAUAUUUGUAAUUUACCUUGAUAUUUUGCUUUCAACUAUAAGAAAAUACUCAUUUUUAAAAUUAGGACAACAUGAAGUUACAUUAUACAAGAUCGCUUUUCAAAAACAGUUAAUUUUAUUUUGUUCAAGGUAAGUUUCAUUUAUAUUUGAAUUCAUAUCUAGACUGAGUUUGAGUAAUAAAAACUCCUCGUAUAUUCACACUUUCACAGAGCAACUUUUGUUGUACGCGGACAGUUUUUUUAGUAAGGGCCGUUUUUACGUAUAAAUCCGUGUUUCACUAGUACUCCGCAACGAGGUUUCUUCUCGCCACUUACUGGCAUCAUUUGUGAACAUAAUUACACCAUUUGCAGCUCUGUGGCAUUUCGGGAGGAAUUGUGUUUUGGUGGGUACUUCUCACAAACGACCACAAAGGAAAAGGGAUUUCAUGGCCAUUUUUACUCUCUCUAACCCAUUACCGCACUUUAUCCUCACUCAUUGCAUUAGGGCCAUAGCCUUCAGUCAUUUAGCAAUGAAUGUCGGUAUCGGAUAUGUUUCUUGUAAUAAAAAAAAAACUUAUCACUGACCUUAUCUAUCUUAUCACGCACCUGGCAAGAGAUUCGAUAGUUAGAAAAAUUUAAAAAUCACAUUGAAGCAUAUCAGGUACAGAGCUGCAAAUUUUGUGUCAUGCCCACAAAUGGUGCCAAUAAGUGGCGAGGAGCUUCAUUGUACAAGCAAAGUACUUAUUUAUACGCAAAAACGGUACUUACUAAAAAAAUCGCCCUCACAUUUAGCUAAUUCUUUAUAAAUCUUUUUUAAAGUUAUUUAAUGUAUUCUUGUAAAAAGUUGUUCAUCCGUGGAUUUCUCAGUUGUGCCAUAUUGUGCAAUACUGUAUUUCUCUAGGAAUUGUUGUGUUUUGCUACCCAAUCUGUAUAUAACAUAUUGUACAGAAGGUGAUAUUUUAUAAAGAGAUGUCACAUAAACAAA